ACAGCUGGCUCCAGGACGCCCCGCGCGCCAUGGAGGCUCUGUCCAUUCCGCUCCCGAAGGGAUUGCCUUUAGCCGGGCGGGAACGUGAAGGUGAAGAGGUCAGGACGGAGGCCUUCUCCUCUUGGGGCUCUUCGACGGACGGGCAACGGGAGGAACCCCGCAGGAGGGUGUCCUUCGCCGACGCCUUCGGCCUGGACCUGGUGUCCGUCAAGGAGUACGACGAGGAGGUCGGCGAAAGGGAGGCACCGGCGCAAGAGGAGUUCCACCUGUCGUGUCUGUUUGCGGCGCCCCAGUCCGAGGAGGAGCUGCUGCGGCGGCUGCAGGGCCAGAUGGCGGAGCUGGAGAGCGUGGAGCUCCUCCCGGGGACCGCCACCCUCCGAGGCUGCGUCCGGGUCCUCAACCUCUGUUUCAGCAAGUCCGUCUACGCCCGCAUCACGCUGGACAGCUGGAAGAGCUACUUUGACCUGCCGGCUGAAUACGUGCCCGGAUCGAGCGAUCGCAAAACCGACCGCUUUACCUUCCAGUACACCCUCGUUCCUCCGCCGGAGAAAACGGGCACCCGGGUUGAGUUCUGUCUGCGCUACGAGACGUCAGCCGGGACUUUUUGGGCCAACAACCAGGAGAUGAACUACGUCAUCAUCUGCCACCGGAAGAGUCCCGCCAAGCAACAGGUGCACGAGGACCCGAAGAGGAAACGGAGCUGCCUUCGAGCCAACAGGAGGGCGAGCACGCAGGAACAAGAGAAUACGGACACGGUGACGCUUGCCGCAGAAACCGAGGCCGCACGUGACGCGGAGGGGACGAGGGCCGAACGCAAACCGAUGGCGGCGGGCCCAAAAAGCCGACAGCGAGCGGCGCGCUUGAUGCACGUGAAAGAAAUCUUCUCCCAGAGGUGGGGGCAAGCUUCCUCGCGUCAGCCCGCCGACGCCCCGCAGCCCUCGGGGGAGUUCUUGCUUCAACGGAAACAAGUGCUGACCUAUCACCAAAUUCCCCUGAUUACACUGGACUGGGACAACGAGCAGCCGCAGUGGGUGAGCUCCAACAUGGAUAAUAUCCGGACUGGGAGAGCCAAAGUCACCUUGUCGAAAGCAUCCGAGGAAAAUGUCAAAGGUGCGCUGUCGGUCAAUGAUAUUUGGGCCAACUUUCUCAAUGGGGAAGGUGCGAGCCCUGACGAUGAAAGCUCCGUGUGCGACGUCUGGCAGGCGUUUAUUCGGGGGCCCCCCUAUGUGGGCGACGGCGGCGUCCCCGAGUCGGAAUGGUUGCAGAGCGCGGCCUCGGUUCGCCCGGCAACCGAGAACCGGCAUGCACCUCGGAACGCGCGGCCGGCCACCUUGGCAGCCUCGGCUGUCGGUCAGGCGCCGUCACAUGCUCCGCCGGCUCACGUUUCCUCGGAGUCCCGCCAGCUCUCGGAGACAUGUGUCGGCGGAGGCGAAAACAGAGUGGCGCUCAGGUCGCGCACGCGGCCCGUCGCCACCGGUGACAGUUCGAGUGAGUGUCACGAGCGCAAAGAAGACCGGAUAAAAGGAGGACUCAAAGGAGACGAAGCCUCGGUGCAGCUCGCGGCUGGCGGAGCGACGAGCCGGAGGGGGUCGAGGACUUCAGAUGUGACCGCGGGGGCUCAGAUUGCCAGUGGCGACGAUGAUCGGAUUUUGCCGGGAGAAAGCCCGGAACGGGAAGUCACGGGUGACACAGUGGCAUCCAGUGACACAAAAAGACAAGGGGCGGAGGACGGAGCCUCAAUGCACAGUAUGCGUGCCGUCGCAUCCACGGCAGAGGAAGUAGUCGAGCCCCCGAAAAACGAGCCGUGCGAAAACCAAACGGAAAAUGAGAUGUCAAGAGAGCUUCGGAACCAAACCGAGUCACCCGAGAGAGUCAACUUUGAUCAGGACUGGGAGGGCACUGGUGCGAAGAACGAGGAAUCGGACCCUAUUGUGGCCAAAGCUUUCGAAGCGAUCGAGUCCAGACAAACCGGAGACGAUUCCGUCAGGGGGGUCCACGGUCACGCCCGAGCCAAGGCAAACGAUAACAUAGCGGCUACAGUUGACCACGAUCCAUCGGGACGGAACAAGGGCUCCACAGAGGAAAGCGGGCAGUUGACACGCGGUCCCUCCGACGGCUUCAUGUGGUGGAGCGUGCUGUACAUCCUGAGUCACAUCACCCGAAUUGUCACCUGCAGCCUGCCGGUCGCCGGGUUCGUGGUGGUGGUGGUCCUGUACGACUUCCCAGCAUUCUUUGCCGUCUACGUGUUUUCCAUGGCCUGGUGGUUUUGCAAGUGGAGAGGCGCUCGGGGGGCAACAAACAAGUCGGAUGUCAGUUAGGUCCCCAGAUGCAGCUUGUGUGUGCGUGUGUGUGAGAUAGAACACUAUAUUUGUAUUUUUGUCUUUCCUAACUUUCACGCGGUGCAGUGCUUGUCCGACUGUCUUGAAUAAAACGAACCAGUGGUCACAUCA